AUGUACCUAGAUGAAACAUGGACACCAACAGCGCAGAAUCUCCCAGAUGAAUAUAUUAUCAUAUUGCCGUUACUUCAUGCAGCAUUCUAUUCACUCUAUGGAUCAAAUGUGAGCUAUGACCCUCCGGAUUCUAUGCUUACAGACUUCGGCUGUGCAUCUGAUAAGGCAGCUAUCAGGUUUGAUGGAACUGGAACCCGUCGAUAUCUUGCACCAGAGCAACAGUGCGGGGAACUACAUGGAAAGGAGGUCGAUUAUUGGAGUUGCGCUAUCAUCGGAUUGGAAUUGAUACGUGGAAGGAUUAUCGAGUCAAGAAUCAAACCUCGCGAUAAUGGCUGUCUUGAUCUUGAUAAUAAAGAUAUGGCGAACCUGACCUCGCCAGAUGUUCUGUCAAAAUGCUCUCGAGCCAUGAUACAAGUUGAACCAGAUAUGCGAAUGACGGCUGCCCAGGGGCUAAAGCUUCUUCAAUCACCUCAAGUAUAG